AUGUAUAUGACUGAUAAACGGACUACCAGAGGUGUUUCUGGUGUUGAUACAGACAGAGUGUCAGUGUCAGUGAUGGAGGGAGAUUCAGUCACUCUAAACACUGGUGUUAAAACAAACCAACAAGAUGAUAUUAAAUGGUAUUUCAGUGGAUUUCUCGUUGCUCACAUCAGUGGAGAUCAGAGUAAGAACUGUACAGAUGUUCAGUGUAAUGAAGGUACAGAGAGAUUCAGAGACAGACUGAAGCUGGAUCAUCAGACUGGAUCUCUGACCAUCACAAACACCAGAACCACAGACUCUGGAGAUUAUAAACUACAGAUCUUCAGCAGCAGUGACAGUGAAACAAUCUUCAAUGUUACUUUUUACAGUGUUUCUGCUGCUGAACGAGAUGAAAUAAAGUCAGUGAAGGAGGGAGAAUCUGUCACUUUAGAUCCUGGUGUAAUUAAACGCCCAAAUGAUGUGAGGACGUGGCAUUUUAAUGACAUUCUCCUUGCUGAAAUCACUGGAGAUCAGAGUGAGAUCUGUACAGAUGAACUGUGUGAUGAGAUUUUCAGAGACAGACUGAAGCUGGAUCAUCAGACUGCAGUCUUUAAUAAAUCCACAGAAGGUAAAUCCAAAUACAGAGAACAGCAACAACACAUCAAACUUAGACGUGUUUCUGGUGUUGAUACAGACAGAGUGUCAGUGUCAGUGAUGGAGGGAGAUUCAGUCACUCUAAACACUGGUGUUAAAACAAACCAACAAGAUGAUAUUAAAUGGUAUUUCAGUGGAUUUCUCGUUGCUCACAUCAGUGGAGAUCAGAGUAAGAACUGUACAGAUGUUCAGUGUAAUGAAGGUACAGAGAGAUUCAGAGACAGACUGAAGCUGGAUCAUCAGACUGGAUCUCUGACCAUCACAAACACCAGAACCACAGACUCUGGAGAUUAUAAACUACAGAUCUUCAGCAGCAGUGACAGUGAAACAAUCUUCAAUGUUACUUUUUACAGUGUUUCUGCUGCUGAACGAGAUGAAAUAAAGUCAGUGAAGGAGGGAGAAUCUGUCACUUUAGAUCCUGGUGUAAUUAAACGCCCAAAUGAUGUGAGGACGUGGCAUUUUAAUGACAUUCUCCUUGCUGAAAUCACUGGAGAUCAGAGUGAGAUCUGUACAGAUGAACUGUGUGAUGAGAUUUUCAGAGACAGACUGAAGCUGGAUCAUCAGACUGGAUCUUUGACCAUCACAAACACCAGAACCACAGACUCUGGAGAUUAUGAACUGAGAAUCAUCAUCAGCAGCAGCAGCUUCAGUUUUAAGAGGAUAAAGAGCUUCAGUUUUACUGUGACUGGUUCAGGUCUGUCUCCAGGUAAAAUAGCAGGAAUAUGUGCUGCUGUUGUUGUUCUACUGAUGGCUGUAACUGUUAGCGUGUUUUGCUGCCAUCGCCACAGGAGCCAUACAGCAGUAUCACAGAAUAUAAGUAUUACAUACAGCUGAUUUAACAAGAUAUGAGAUUUAC